GCCGCAAAAAAUGGCGCAGCGUCUUCUAUUUUGCUGCGUGGCCACGGCGGCCGCCGCAUCUGUCACGCGACCAGCGGCAUCGACACCGCAUCUUCUGCGGCUGCGCGGCGGUGCCAAGCCUCCCGCCUUGCCCAAGGCGGUCAGCGCCAAGCCUCCGGCCGUGCCCAAGACGGUCACGAAGCUGCGCGAGAAGCUCUCGUUUGCGGGCGCGCCUCCGUUCGUGCUCGCGUGCGCCGUGUUCGCCGCGAUGGACUCGCUGCUCCUCGGCUACGACAUCGGGUGCGUCUCCGGCAUCCUCCUCUUUGUCCAGGAGGAGUUUUCGCUCUCGUCGGCGCAGGCGGAGCGGUUUGCCGCGGCGAUGAACUCGGCGGCCAUCGCCGGCGCGCUGGUGUCUGGCUGGGUGGCAGACACCUUCGGGCGCAAGCCCGCGCUUUUCAUGUCCUCGUGCGCCUUUGCGGUCGGCUCCACGCUCAUGGCCCUCGCCGGCUCUUACGAGCACCUCGUGCGCUGCCGCUGGCUGCAGGGCUUUGGCGUGGGUGCGGGGCUGCUCAUCUCGCCAAUGUUCAUCGCGGAGGUCGCUCCGAAGCAGUUCCGCGGCGCCCUUGUCACCCUCGGCGAGGUGUCCCUCUCCUUCGGCGUGCUGCUCGCCUUUCUGCUAAACUACCUCCUGUCGGGCGUGCCGAACCAGUGGCGCUGGAUGAUCUUCCUCGGCGCGGCACCCGACAUCCUGCUCGCCCUGCGCAUGCUCUUCCUGCCAGAGUCGCCUCGCUUCCUGAUCGGCAAAGGCAAGGUUGACAAGGCGCGCGCCGUGCAGCGCCGCAUCCUCCGCCCGGCGCCCGAGGCGGAGGCGGACGCGCAGCUCGACGAGAUGGUGCGCGACAUGGCGACCGAGGAGGAGGGGACGUGGCUCGACCUGCUGCGCCCGCCCACCUCCACCGCGGUCGUGGUUGGCACGGUGCUUGCGGUGCUGCAGCACGCCGUCGGGAUCGAGUCGAUCAUCUACUACUCGACCAAGAUCUUCCAGCAGGCUGGCUUCGAGUCCAAGUCGGCCGCCAUCGGAGGCACCGUCGCGAUGGGGCUCGUCAAGCUGCUCUUCGAGACGCACUCGCUGCUCAACCUCGACCAUGCCGGCCGGCGGCCGCUGCUGCUCCUCGGCGCUGUCGGCCUCACCGCCUCCCUGCUCGGCCUCGGCCUCUCGAUGCAGCUCAAGCUCGCCGGAGGCGUCGCCGGACCGAGCCCCGCGACAGCUGGGAUCUGCGUGUCUCUCGCGGCGUACAUGGCCUUCCACGCCCUCUCGUACGGCCCGAUCACUUGGCUCGUCCUCGCCGAGAUCCUCCCAAACAAGGUGCGCGGCAAGGCGAUGGGCAUCGCCACGAUGGCCAACCGGCUCACCUCCUUCCUCGUCGCCUCCUCCUUCCUCACCAUGUCGGAGCGGCUGCAGUGGAGUGGCUCCUUCUACCUCUACGCCGCCGUCGCCGCCGCCUCCUUCGUCUUUUACGCGCUCUUCGUCCCAGAGACGAGCGGGCUCACUCUCGAGCAGAUCUCGCCCAUCUUCGCCGACCCCGCGAGCCUCGUCCGGCAGAACGCGGCCGACCUGCGCCGCAGAGCGACUGCGGUGCUCACCCGAGACAACCUGAUCGCCGCUGCCACCGCCGCCGCCCUCUUCGGCUGCAUCGCAGUGGGCCUUGGGACCGCGGCUGGCAGCUGACUCUGAGAGGAGAGCGGGGCCGGCCCGACCACACACCAAACCCGCACCACGCACUGAGUCCUCUCACGCCGUAGCUCGUUUGUCAUGUGUGAGGGGGCUCGUUCGUCGCAAUCCUAGUAACCUUACCCUCGGCCCUAACUUGACCUAGCUACGCUGUGUGUAUCGCUAGCCUCCACGGCUCCAGACCU